AUGGAUUUCGGCGGACAUCCAGGUGCUACGAAGUGUCUCAACUGCGCUCGAAGAAACGAGGUCUGCAACUUCAGUCCUGUCCGCAUACGGAAGAGACGAUAUGCAUCAAGCUCGCAGCAAGAAUCCGUCAUAGGCUCCGCAAAGAAAGUGGACUCCGAACUUAGGGACGAGUCGGAGAUUCACCACGAUGGUCAUAGCUCGUUCGGAGGCAUGUCAAAGUAUGACGGACUCCAAGAGUUGUACGUAGAUAGGCUUCUAUCUGCUCCCGAUCAAGACAAUGCGCUCAGUGCGCAGAGUCCGAGCCUGCAAGAUCUCGGUGUUUUCGGAAGCGAGUACAGUCUGACGUUCUUCCCCGAGGCUCGACUGAAGGAGCUGGCCAUCCGUCUUGGUCAUGACCGCGUAUCACAUGCUCGGGCGAAGGUGACCAAUAUCAUUGGAGAGCGAAUGAAAACUAUCGAGCGAGUACCUGCUCCUGCGCCAGACUCCGAUCGUAUCCGUGUGUUUGAUAUCGAAAAAGAAUACAUCGCGACUUGCAUUCAAGCCUAUUUUGAGCAUGUCGACCCGAUUCAUCCAUUUCUCGACAGGCGGCGAUUCGAAAGCAUCGCUCUCAGUCCGAAUCUGAGCGACAAACUCGCCAGCGACAAGUCGUGGUCCGCACUGUUUUACGCUGUUCUCGCUCUGGGCUCGCAGUACCACGAUGGAGGUAGCUAUGAGCCUACAAAGAGCGGAAGCUGGCGGUUUUUUGGCACGGCUCUAGCCAUCUUUCCAGAUCUGUUGAUUAGCAGAACCACAUUGAACACGGUUCAAGCACUGACAGCCAUGGCAAUUUUUGCCUCGAAUCUUUCGUGUCUGCAAAUCGAAUACGCCAUGGUGUCAGAAGGAGCCAAAAAGGCACAAACACUAGGGUACAACAGAUCGACGGCUCCUGGUAACGAUGAACGGAACCGCACAUUCUAUGUUCUUUAUUUCCUUGAAAAGAACAUGUCGUUCAAUAUUGGCAGAUGCUCUACUAUCAUGGAUUCGGACAUCAGCAGUGCUAUCCCAACUCAGCCGUUAUUGUGCAGCGGCACGUCGUUUGACUGGACUCGUGCGUCUAUCCGGAUAUCACGACUCCUUAGUCGCAUAUACGCAUCUCUGUUCUCUGUCAGUGUACGAGGUAGACCGAAAGCCUACUACAAUACGACCAUCUACAACCUCAAGUCCGAGCUGGGAGCAUGGGCAAAGACGAUACCCAUGGAGCUUCGGCCAGGGCAACCUAUACGGCCGUAUACCCAGACCACGCAAAUGAUUGAUAUUGGUAUACGGCUCCAUUAUUUGUACCAUGGCACCAUGUUGCAUCUUGAUCGUACUGCUCUCCAGAUGGAGGAUGAGUCUGAUGCUCGGUCUGAUUUGGUGGACGGCAUUAUGCGUACAGCGCGGACGGUGCUCGAGCUCACAAAGUUUAUCGAUAUGCAGCCUUACACACCUAUUUGGGUUCUUGCCAGCGUUCCGUUGGCUGCUUAUCUUGUUCUUUUCGACAUGGUCAUAGAUAAUCCGACCCACCCAAAAACCACAGCCAAUUUGGCCUUGCUCGAUGUUGGCUGUGGUCAUUUCAGUGGCUUGGAGUACGCUUCGCAGGGAACACUCCCAGGGUCCAUCGCAUCGGAGUUCACACAGAUAGCGCGAACUUAUGUGCGGGCGCAAAACGACUCUGAGAAGAAUAGCCACCCAAAAUCGUCUGCCAUGUAUGCCGAAGGUGUGGCCCCGAUUGAGGGGCCGCAGGAAACAACAGUCGCUGAGGCGCCAUCAGCUUUUCCUUCAUACGCGGAUUUGCAGCCAUUCCCUCUAGGAUGGAAUCUUCGGAAUGACGGUGGGACAAUGCUCGACGGCGAGUCGCUGGACUUGUUCGGCUCGUACUAUCCGCUCUGGGAUGAGGGUGCGGCGUACAACACGAUGAACCUGUAA